AUGACGACCGACUUGGCCCCCGGAUGGACUACGCAUAAGAGGAGCACAUUCGAUAGUCGCAAAGGGUACUAUUUUGACAUACCAAGUGGGACUUUAGUUGAGAUUGCGACUAAUCUCGUCAUGCACCUGAACGUAAACAGGGAUUCUAACGCCAAAGGUGACGACCCCCACUUACCUGGUGUUACCUAUCUAUCGGACCUAGCAAGCGUAAUAGACUCGAAGAGGCAAACGGGAUAUACUGAUGAUGAUCCGUUUGCCUCGCCUAAGUCGUACGCACAUGUACCACAUGAGUACCUGGCACCCGAUGGAUUCCCGAGAACCGAUUGUUGGCUUAAUCCUUCCUGCAGAUUUGCUGUACUUACCAACACAGAUCAGAAUGCAGGCAAAGGUGCAGUAGUGCGAAGAGCACUGGAUGAAUAUCGCAAACAGGGCGUGGAAGGAGUGCCUGCUAACCCUCCUCUACAAACUGCAAAAAUCAGGCGAAGACAAGGACCGCGACAUGCAAAACCCGGUCGGAAAAUCAUGGCUGCAAAAGCUACCGACCAGUCUGCUACCUCAGCUAACCGUUUAAACAAGACGUACGAUUGCCACCGCUACCGGCUCAAUGACCCACUUCUACCUUACGAAGACUACGACCGAACCAUGGACAUAAUUUUCAACUGCUACAAAAUCGUAACCCAUGGAAAAGGCCAAUUUGUGGAUAGGGAUUCACACGAAUUAUUAUUCACCUACUCCUUUGAAGAUUUGGAAGCAAUGACACCGGAAAAGCGCCAGGAGCAUCAAGACGAUGUCUCUACCGUUCUAAUGUCGACUAAGCUUUUCAAGAGGUUACCAACUCCUAAACCCCUGGCUCCUCCAAUUUUUAGUAGUUCACCUUUGCUGAUUAACCCGAUUCCAGCCAACCGUACCAACCUACGACUGCCUGAUGAUACCAAUCUGCCAUCUUCUCCUCUAAGUUCCCUGCCACCUUCGGAUGCCGAUAUGGAUAGAGACAAUACCAGCCUACAAAUGCCUGACGAUCCCGAUCCCCCAUCUUCUCCUCUAACUUCCCUGCCACCUUCGGAUGCCGAAGUAAAUGAAGAUGAUCUGAAUCACGCUCAGAACAGUUUUCUCAACAAUGUAACGACCAUCCCCAGGAAGCGUAAGCGUAGUGACAGACAUAAUGGCGUAAUAUCUAAGAAGUUACCUGUAGAAGAAAAGUUUAGAUAUGCUGGCUUGAAUAGAACAAAGCGUAAGCGAACUAUUACCAAGCCAACUAUUACGAAGAAAGUUACAUUUGGGAAAAUUGCUCCGACCUUGAAGAAGCAAAAGCGAAACAUAACAACUAACGGCGCUCUAAUUCAUGGGAGAAUGUAUUGUUUUGGCCAAACAGUUGGAUAUUCUCGUAACAUCCUCCUGGGACCCUACCGCCCCAACAAAGCCUCAUCUCGAUCGUUAUACCGAACCUUCUUAGACAAACUAGCCGGCUUCGGCGCACGUCUUGGCGGUAGAUUCAAAGACUUUUGCGAUGUAGGUUUUCAGGUAGCUCGCCAGCAACUCAACACACUUCGAGCCCCUCCAAUGACAGCGACCUCGAAGUUUCAACCAUCAGGGCCGCACGACUUCGCCUCCAACUUCGCAUUUACCCUGGGUAAUUUUUAUAACAAGCCUCAUACCGACAACGACAAGGGCAAGGUUUACUGUAUAUGGUACCCGAUAGAUAGUCUAAGUGGUAAGAUUGUCACAGAAUGUGAGGGCUUUGAACUUGAAGGCGGGUGGUUUAUCUUCCCAGAAUACCGAGUGGCCUUCAAAUUUGGUGGUAAGUUUGCAGUUCAAAUUGCAUGGAACGGCAAAUCCACUUUCCACCAUACUCUACCUUCUCAUGAAAAAAUUGCAUUGAACAAGCAAGGCAAGAAAGUACAUUACACACGCCUUGGUUGUUCAUCCCAAAUCACUUACAAGAUGGCCAGAGCCAGUGUAAAGAUUGGAACAGACAAACAGUACAAUCAUACUUCCAACUGCGAGCGCAAGUUAAUGGAUGCGGAGGACAUUUUGGAAAUGCCGGAUAGAAAUUGGAAGGAAUGA